AAGUUUGUCGCGCGGACAGCUUCGCUUCACUACUCAAAAGUAUAAUUUUUUUAAAAAAAUGGACGUCAAAGAUAAUUUGAGCGAUCUUGAUCUGGAAACGUCGCUGAAGUCCUCCAACGUUGAGGUCCCCUAUUCUGUGCAGGUGGUUCUGAAGAAGAUCGAGUUUUCGCAGCUGCACAGGGCUAAGAGGGACGUCGGCGAGAGCCUGCGCGCCGUGCUGAGGAGCGUCAAUCUGGCGCUGCACCACGUGCGGCUGGGCUCGGCCCUGGAGGCGGAGCGCGGCGGCCGGGUGACGCCGGGCUCCGACGCGGAGGAGAAGAGGAAGCGCGCCCAGCAGCUCGAGGGCAUGGCGCUCUUCCUGCAGUCCAGCUACGACAAGGAGACGGAGCUGGGCUGCGUCCUGCGCUGGAUGACCGAGACCGGCCAGGCCCUGCAAGAGGUGCAGGAAGACGAGGAGUACAGAGAGGUGAGGGAGAUCACGGAGGAGUGGGUGGAGGAGAUGGAGGAGAAGAUCGAGAAAUCGCUCGGCGCCAUUCAGGGCUGCAUCGACAGGCUGAGCCGCCUCUGCACCCUGCUCUUCGAGCUGGACACCAAGAGCUCCAAGAAGAAACAAGCAGCCAUCCACAAGGGCGGAGUGUGGAGGUGGUGGCGGGAAAGUAAGGUGGAUGCCAAGAUGGUGAUGAAGAUCCAGGAGCUGCAGCCGCCCGGCGUGGAGCGUCUCCUCCAGGACUCCAGCCUUGGCAUCAGGACAGUGGCCGAGCUGAGCUUCAUGAUCUCGGACAUCGCCAAGUCCCUCUCCUGCAAGAAGGCGCUGAGCCUGGCCUUCAAGUUCAUCCAGAAGGGCCUUCAGAACAUCAGCGGGGCUUUCCAGGAGCGCACCAAGGAGAACCUGGAGCUGGCGGCCCAGCUGCAGAGCGUGAGGUCCGAGGAGUCCCGGCCCAACCUGGAGCGCCUGAAGACUGAGGUGGAGGCGCUCAAGAAGAAGGCCGCCCGGCUGGAGAAGGAGCUGGCCUGUGCCGAAGGGAAGCACGCCGCGCUGUUGGGCGAGAUGGAGAAGGAAGCUUCCCCCGUGGUGACCAAGACCGCCCUGAUUGUAGUUCCAGAGGAAAGUCUCCUGAGCGUCGUCCAGGAGGAAGCCAAGCAAACCCCGCCGGCGCCCUCCCCGGUUCCCAAAAGCAAGAAAACGGAAGCUGUCAAGAAGAAAAAGAAGCCCAAGGACGUGGCAGUGCCCCCCGUGGAGCCGGAACAUAUCAAAAGCUCUCCCCCCGUGGAGCUGGCCGCAGAGGAGGAAAUCGCCUACGUGGAGCCAAGCUUCACUCUGGAAGAGGAGGUGCUCCUUUCUGAAGACGAGGGGACAGCCGCAUCUCAUCAGAAUGACGGCAUCAUGGAGGAGAUGGAGAAGAUCAGCACCAGGCUCCUCCAGAACUUUCAGAAGGCUGUGCUGAAUGUCGCCGAGCGUUCCCUGUUGACUGGUCAAGGAGUGGAAGACCAGCCUAAGAGGGCAGCAGACGCGGUCGCUCUCUACGACCUGCUGGAACAGACCAUCCAGUCUGCUUUCAGCAAACUGGUCAGCGAGCUCCACGGCACCUUCACCGACCGUAUUGUAAAAAUGCCCCAUCUGGAUGACAACCUGGGGGCGGCGGGCUUUUGGGAGGACACACCUGGGAAUCCUGGGGAUAUGCUCAAGGAGAUCAGCAAGAUGUUUAACGCCCAGGAUAGACACCUCGAGGAAACAGGCACCAAGAUGAAGGCCCUCCUCGGCCCGGAUGGAAGGAAAGAUGCCAAACUAGGACCGCAUCAAAUCAAAACCCUGCAGUCUCUCCUGGACCAGCUGAAUGAUGUCCAGGGAAUGGGAAAGAUACAGUUGUGCAAGCUGAGGCUGGUUCUGGAAAGCCUCUUAGACAUCCACCAGCAGAUGAGCCUCAGGCCCAAGGAGCAGGUGGUCUUCGUGGAAAAGGCGAUUGUCGAGGCGGGUGAGCCCAAGCACAUAAUGGCCCCAGGACUGGAGCAGCGGGAGGAAGGAGAUCAAGCAGCAAGAAUUCAAACGGAAACCUCUGUUGCCAGCAGUCAGGGCACGCAAAGGAGGGUGCGAAUGAGCAGAGCCAAGCCGAAGACUCUGAAGGAAGACGUGGCCCGCUACAAAAAGGAGAUGCCAGAGGAGGGGGAGCAUCUUCUGAACACCCGAAUGGCUGGUACGACCUUCCUGGUUGACGUGGAGUCCCAGAAGACCAACCUGAGACUCCUGCAGCAGGCUUUGCGCAGGGGUGACAUCUCCACGCAGCUCUACAGCCUGGCUAGUGACCUCAUUAUACGGGCUCUGAGCACUGACGAGCUGCGUCUGGUGUGUCUCUUCCGAAAAUACACGGCCUACUACUACAUACAGAAAGUGAGGUACAACCUGAAUGUAAGGUUAACAACAGCAAAGGACCUCAACAACGGGAAGUCAGUCAAGGACUUGUACUCCUUCCUGAAGAAGCUGGAUGUCUUCCAGGAAGCGGUUUUACAGCGCUGGGCUGCCAAGCAAGCCACCAUCAACCAAAUACACAAAGUGUGCUUCGCUCACAUGCUGUACCUGUUCAGCCAGAUGAGGGAGGACACCAACCUCCAUCUGGUCAGCCCCUUCCCCUCCUCCUGUGAGACCAAGCCGUCCCUGCAGAGGCACUUCCUGUCCCGGGCCGAGCCUAGGAAGCUGGUGUGGUCCCUCAGCCCCGGCAGACCACCCCACUCCCUUCCCGCCUUGUCCCGUCCCGUCACGCUGCGUCGCCUUGAUGUGCCGGGGCCUGUCUUGGGAACCAGGGAGCCACUUCACGGUCAUCUUCAGCCCUUGUGGGACAGCAACGUGGCGGCAAGGAGUUAUGGCAUCGUAACAAAGACCCCGGUGACGUCGGGACCGCUGUUGGCCGACGUGCCCCGCCUGCUGGAGCUGGACAUCAACCAGGGGAGAAGAGCAGCGCUGUGGUCCCUGCAGGCCAGACCAGUUAGUGCCGAAACAACCCCUUCACGCAUCAUGGGCUGCUAUCAGUAUCAGUAAGUGGAAAUACUAUAUAAUAAGUGAAAGGUUAUCUUGCCCUGAACGUGUAGGCCCAUUACCUCUGGUAAGUUUGCUGCACUUGUGCUGAUUGAUGAGAAUAACAAGAACAGCUUUUGCAUGUUCUGAUAUCACCCUUACUUGUCUCCUGCUUCCUGAAUCAGUUUUAUAGGCGUUCUAUGUUCUGUAUGCUCUUCAUCGUGUUCCAUCCUUGUGAGAGGAUAUCAUUUUUCUCCUUCAGUUUUCUAUUUGUUAAAUUAAAAAAAGAAUUGAUUUAGAUUUUGGUCCUUUCCAGCUAUUUUGGGGAACGGAUGCAUGAAAGGGUUUUGAAUAAUCAGCAUGUCUUGAGGCCCAGGCUUUGACUUUCAGCCCUGUUGUCAGAGUCCGUAUGUGGGCUCCAGCAGCCUGCCAGUGGCGCUGGAGCUAAGCGGGAGCCACUUACUGUGAGGCUGUACAAGCUAUACAUCUGCAGGGGAUCGGGGAGACCAGCCUAGAGCCCCCGCACCACAUCGGCGACAAACAGAGAAGAAACACACAGCUCAGACAUUCGCUCGCAAACACUGCCUGUUCACUGCAGAGACUGAGCAUCUUCAGAAUGGACAGCCUGCGCCCUUCGUUUUCAUUGUCAGCUGUCUACCUGCUUGGUUAUUCUUCUGUCUCGCCGGAACCGAUUCGACUGAUUUCAGAUUCUGACUGGAGCUGUUGAGGAGUCAACUUAACACAGAAUCUCCUGCCUUCCCUGUGGUUGAAGCAUGGGGAUUCACUACGGAGGUGACUCCUUCAUUCAGAAAGCGGACCAUCAAGCAAAUGAGAGCUUAUCUAAUACUAACGCUGGAUAAAUAAAAACCUUUGGAGGAACUUGCCAGGAUCAUGUUAUUACCUCCAUAACAUCUUCCCCACAAACUGUCUCUGGAAGAGGUUCCAAUUUUGAACUUUAAGCACUGGUCUGGAGGGCUAUAGUGAGCCCCGGGUAAUGUCAGUGCACUAGCCGUACUCUGACAAGCCUCUGAAACAUGAGCUAGAGUCCUUGAGCUUACUUACGUUGCACUAGUGUUUGCUUUCCAAAGCCUUGUCGGCUUCAGGAUGUGAGCUGUGAUCAUUUUCAGUUUUGCAGUCUAGUAUGUACUAGUACAACCUUGGUUCUUCCAUUCCAUUCCAUGCCUCUGUAUGAUCUCAUCUGUAAUUAUUGCAGAGAU